AUGGCGACGGUGAAUGCAUCUGCUCUCUCAUUUCCGGCACGCUCCCUGAAUCUUCUGGCUUCACAGUCGUUUUCCCCAUUUGCUCUGGCGCCCACCUCCAUUUUAUUCCCUACUGAGUCAACCAGAUAUUCCAUUUCCACUUCCUCCUAUGAGCCCUCUAAAAGAAUGCCUAUCUUCGCCGUCAACAACAAGAUUAAUCAGAUAAGUACUGAAGCUUUUGAUGACGCCGGAGAGGAGAAAGACUUCAUUGAUGAGACUCGCUUGUAUUCCGUUGCUCCUUUACCCCUUUUAGUUUUCGCUGCCCUUCCUGGAGCUGAAACUGUGAGGUCUGUGUUUGGGCCAUUUGUUGAGCUUGUUAAGUCUUGGAACCUUCCUGAUUGGCUUGUCCACUGGGGGCACCCAGGCAACAUGGCUGUUGUGCUUUUCGCCAUGGGUGGUUAUGGAACUUACCUCGGUUUUCGGAUUAAAUUUUCAGAUGAUGUGGAGGAGAAGGCUAAAGCCAAAGAUUUGCAUCCAAAACUGUUAGGAGGGAUGUUUUUCUUCUUUGCACUUGGAGCUACUGGUGGAAUAACAUCUUUACUCACUUCAGAUAAACCUAUCCUGGAAAGUCCUCAUGCCGUGACAGGAAUUAUUGGCCUGGCUCUGUUGAGCUUACAGAGUGCAUUACCAGCAUUGUUUGAGGAAUUGGUUGAAGAGAUUCCAAAACGACAUUUCAACCUCCCAAAAAAGUACUAA